AUGGGAACCGCUGGAGUAGCAAAUGCGAUUCUGCUUUUGGCCAUCUGUACAGCUCUAGCAUUGAUUACCGUAUUUUCAGCUAUCGGGAUUCUCGAACGAUGCCAGAUUCAGAGCGGUGGCAUCUACUUUCUUGUCUCGCAUGUGCUCGGUGGACGAAUAGGUGGAGCUGUAGGAUUGAUGUAUGCUCUCGGUCAGGCAGUGGCUACUGGACUCGUUGCCGUUGGUUUCGCCGAAUCUGUCGCACAUCUAUUCGACUCUGAAAGCCGAGUAUUUACCAAAGUAAUUGCUAUUGCUACACUAGCUGUGCUUACUGUUCAUGGUAUCUCAAGAUUCUCAUAUGCUCGUCUGCGUGAGAAUGCGGAUCCAAUGUAUGCAACUGUAAAUUGUACACCCAUUGGGUUUGACCGUAUCAUACCAGAUCAGUCAUUCUUCACAGUGUUUGGAGUUUUCUUUGCCAACUUCCUUGGCGUAUUAGCAGGUGUUAACAUGAGCGGAGAUUUGAAGGAUCCUCACAAAAGCAUUCCACUUGGGGAGCUGUCAGCAGUUGGUGUAAGGUGGGUUGCUGAAUCAAGGGCAAAGAAGUAA